AUGGAAAAAUUCAGCUGAACCGAUCAAAGGAAUGUUAUUUUAAAAGAACACCCUAACUCUGAAUUAGAUGUCAACGGGAUAGGACCAAUUCAUAUUGCAGGGAUGUCUAGCAAAGAUACAAAUUGAUCUGCAUAUGAUGAAAACUCCAGAAAUAUUCAGGUCGGAAGACCAGCACAUUUUUCAGAAUUCCCUCCAAAUGAAAUCCGAACAUCCAAAUACACAAUUUUCACUUGAAUCCCUAAAAGUUUAUUUAUCCAAUUCCGACGCAUCUCAAAUGUCUACUUUUUAAUUAUGUCAAUCCUCGCUACUAUGCCUUUUUCCCCAAAAAAUCCAUUUUCAAUUGGGAUUACUUUUGCUGGUGUUCUUGUCUUUACAAUGCUGAAAGAAGCCUAUGAGGAUUAUUUCAGACAUAAACAAGACAACAUUGAAAAUUCUAAAAAAUUUGCGACUUUUAACAGAGAGAUUGCUCAAGUAAUAGAAACUGAAUGUAGAAAUAUAAAGGUAGGAGAUAUCGUAAUUAUUAAAGACGGAGAAUUUUUCCCAGCAGACCUUCUGCUUGUUUCUUCUAGUAACCCAAAUGGUAAAGCGUAUGUAAACACAAUGAAUUUAGACGGUGAAACAAAUUUAAAAGAAAAAAGUGCCCAUGACACUACAAAAAGGCUAAAUAUGAUAAGUGAUUUACCAGAUUUAUUUUUAGAUAUCAAUUGUGAUCAUCCGUCAUCAUCUCUAGUCAAAUGAAACUGCAGCAUAAAAUUGCCUAAUAAUGAAUGAGAGCCACUUGGAAUGAAACAAUUAUUAAUGAAAGGCUGCAUCUUAAAAAACGUAGAAUAUAUUUUUGGAGUUGUUAUAUAUACUGGACAUGAAACAAAAAUUAUGCUGAAUAGCAAGCAUCCUCCUAGUAAAAUUAGCAAUGUUUUGAAAAAAAUGAAUAAGAUUUUAUACUCGGUUUUUGCAUUUCAAAUAUUUAUAUGCAUACUAUUUGCUGCUUUAACUCCCCAUUAAAUUGGAACAAAAACAUCGGUAAAUUUGCAUUUUUUGGGUUUUUAAACCCUCUUUAAAUUAAAAUAAUUUUAUUUUAAUAGAAAAAAUUUUAUAUGAAAAUAUUAAAUUUAUAAAAUUUAGUUCUGACCUAAUUUAAUAGACAAAAUACAAGUAUAGCACAAAGCCUCAUUUUUAGAUCUCUGAGACAAUCACUUUUAAACAUUAUAAUUUUAAAUUAAGGAAAAAUUUGAAAGGUCAAUUUUAGAAUUGACAAAUAGGAUGUAUAUAAUGACAUUUUUAAAAUGAAUUUUGACUUUUAGCUUUUUUUUGAAUUUUAAACUAAGUUUUUCUUUGAAAGGCAUUUUUCUUAAAAAUCUAUAGGGAGCACUCCUAUAGAAUGCAUUAAAACAGUUUUCAAAUUGAUUUUUAUUUAAUUUUUCAUAAAAAUAAACUCAAUUUAUAUAUUUUUUAAAAAAAUUUAAAAAAUAGUUUUAUAAAAUUAGUUUUACUAAUUUAAUGUAAAAAGUGUUUUAGCAUUCUAUUUAAAAACAGUUUUCAUACUUGAUCGAUUAUUUUUUUUAAUUACUUCUUCAUAAAAUAAAUUAAAAUUCAAAGUACUGUGCUUAAUUUUUAUUUUUUAUGAUUUUAAAAAUUUUUUUAAAUUGGAAAAGGAUUUUCUUCCAAUUCAAAGGGGUUGGAGUAAGUGUAAGUUGGCAAAAUCAUAACAGCAAGGAUCAUGUUUAUCUAGAAUUGGAGCAUAUAUCUUACUAUACUAAAUAUAUUGCAUUUAUUGCAUAUAGUACGAGUUGUACUGAUCUUUUUCUAAGUUUUACAUAUUCAAUCAAGAGCAAGAUAAUGCACAUGCAGGAAAUUUUAUUAUUAAUAUUUUAACAUUCUGGAUUUCUUAUUCUCACUUGAUCCCAAUCUCACUUUAUGUUGCUUUAGAAAUUGUAAAAUUAAUGCUCUGUCAUCUAAUCAGUCAAGAUCUCUCUAUGUACUAUGAGCCCGACAAUAAACCUGCAUUCUGCAGAUCUUCAGAUCUUGUAGAAGAACUUGGCCAAGUAGAAUUUAUAUUUUCCGAUAAAACAGGAACUUUAACCUGCAACAUGAUGGAAUUUCGAAAAUGCAUGAUAAAUUAUAUAGUUUAUGGGACCAAUUCAUCUGUAUUUGGAGAAGAAGAUACUCGGCCUCACGAAAUUCUUCAAGAUGCUACAAACCAAGAACAUUUAAAUUUUCUCAAUUUUUUCAGGCUGAUUACUGCAUGCCAUACUGUAUUUCCAGUAAAAGAUAUAAAUGAUCCAGAUAUGGUCGAGUUUCAUGCAAUGUCCCCUGAUGAAUUAGCACUAGUAGAAUGUGCAUCUUCAAUGAAUAUCAAGCUAAAUGAAAGAAAUAAUAAAUCCUUGGUGAUAUCAGUGCUUGGAGAACCUGAGUUAUGAAAUGUCGUUGUAGAAAUCCCAUUUAACUCAGAUAGAAAAAGAAUGUCUGUGAUCGUUGAAGAUCCUCAAUCAAAAGAAUUGAUAUUAAUGACAAAAGGGGCAGACUCUGUGAUGCUCAAUUUGCUUAAUUCGUCUGCAGAUAAACCUAAAAUCGAAAAAUGCUUGCAUGAUUUUGCAGUGGAUGGGCUGAGAAUUUUAGUUAUGGGGCAAAGAAAAGUGAAUGAAAAUGAGUUUGAUGAAUGAUAUAGGGAAUGAAGAAGCGUGGAAUUAUGUAUUUCUUCUGAUAAAGAGCAAAGGCUAGAUAGCCUUGCAGAACUAAUUGAGAGGGAUUUAGACUUCAUAGGCUGCUCAGCAAUUGAAGAUAAGCUGCAAGACGAAGUCCCUAGCUCAAUACAACUAUUAAUUGAAGCAGGCAUCAGAGUUUGGGUCUUAACAGGUGAUAAAGAAGAAACUGCUAUAGAAAUCGGCAAAUCUUGCAAUUUGAUUCAAGAAAACAUGGACCUCUUCCUCCUUUCUUCUACAUCUUAUCCAGAAUUGAAAAGAAAGCUCGAAGAAAUCGACCAAAAUUAUAAUUUAGAAGCUCAAAGCUAUGCCCAGCUCAAUCAAAUGAAAUCAUUAAUGGCUUCUAAAAUGGGAGUAGUCAUUAAUGGGCUUACUCUCAGUUGAAUAUUUGAUGAUCCUGAUAAAAGGCUUGAAAGGCUUUUUUUUAAAAUAGGCUAUUUAUCUAACUCCUGCAUAUGCUGCAGAGUUUCUCCUGCUCAAAAAAUGCAGCUUGUGCAGCUUGCUAAAAGAAAUGGAGACUGAAUCACACUUUCGAUUGGAGAUGGAGCUAAUGAUGUAAGUAUGAUACAAGAAGCUCAUAUUGGUGUUGGAAUUGCAGGAAAAGAAGGCACUCAAGCGGUGCAAGCAGCAGAUUUUUCAUUCAGCCAAUUUCGAUUUAUUACACAGCUACUACUAGUUCAUGGACGAUGGGCCUAUAGAAGGGUUUCUUGGUUUAUUUGUUAUUAUUUUUAUAAAAAUUUCGCUGUUGUUUUUACAGAAAUUUGGUUUGUCUUUUUUAAUGGGUUUAGUGCCCAGAUCUUCUUCCUGGAUUGGCUACCACUAUUAUAUAAUGCUAUGUGAACAAGCUGGCCCUGCAUUAUAACGUAUGCUUUUGAGCAAGAUUUAAAUGCGAAAAAUUCAAUAAAAUACCCAAUUGCUUAUAAGGCAGGACAUAUAUGUGCAUAUUUUACUAUAAAAAAAUUUUGAUUAUGGAUUUGUUUAGCGAUUUGGCAUGGAGCUUUAAUUUAUUGGAUGUCUGUAUAUGCAAUGUCUGGAGUUGUGGAUAAAGAUGGGCAAACCACUGGAAUGUGGUGGUGCUCUACAUUGGCAUUUACAAUAAUUAUUCAUUUGGUAGUAUUAAAAUUAUUCUUGGAAAGCAUAUUUUGGACGAAAUUUAGCAUGUAAUUUUUAUUUAGACUGGUUGUGGUGGGAAGCUUGAUAUUGUAUUAUAAUUCUAUCAUUAUUUUAAAUACUGCAGCAAUGGGUGAUGUAUUUCAGCCAGAAAUACCAUAUGUAUUUUUCAAUAUUUUGUCAGUUGGGAAAUCAUGGAUAGUCAUUAUUAUAGGUCCUUUAAUUGCAUUAAUUCCUGAUUUCUGCAUUGCGGCUGGAAAGUUUUUAUAUUGGCCAAGUCCAGUUGAUUCUCUUAUGAAAUAUGUAAAAUAUCAAAGACUUGCAAAUGUGGAUGGUAAUAGCUAA